AUGCACAAUGCAUACGGUGCGCACGCGUCUUCUGCGUUGCUCUUCACUCCGCCUGAUGCGGUUGCAGAUAACGCCCAGUUACGGAAGGAGUUAGCUGACGCUCUCCAUUUACUCGCCGAAAGGGACCUUGAAAAUCAGCGUGAAAGGGGGGCCGUAGAAUACGAGUUAGAAUUGUGCCAGAAGAGGAGCGCCGAUGUCGUGGCCGAUUUCGAGAAGAAGCUGUCACGAUGCCACGCUGAGAAUGAAUGCUUGAAAAACGAUCUUAGACAACUGAAUGAGUCCUUAAAACAUCAGACCUCCGAGCUCCAGGCAAGAGAUGGUCGAAUUGAACAACUGGAGACGUAUUUGGUCAAACUCCCCACUGCAGAGGAACAUAGCACAACGUUAACUCAGCUACAAGAAACGAGGCAACGUGUAGCCAACUUGGAAAAGUCUUUAGAAUCCAGUCGCGAGCAGCUGGAACACUAUGAAGAGCGCCUAGGUGAACUGAACGCCCAGUUGCGACGGAGCACUGAACGUGAACAAUUACUGCAGACGCAACUGGACGGCGCCAUGUCGGCUUUAUCCAAUCAAACGGAGAAUCCGAACUCGGCUCACGCUGAACUAUACGGUCCACAUGUAUAUGGAGCGCACAACGCUGCUAACGUGUGUUACUAA